AUGGGCUGCGGGAACUCCACCGCCACGAGCGCGGGCGCCGGCCCAGGCCCUGCAGGAGCGGCUAAAGAUGUAACAGAAGACUCGUUAACAGAAGAUGACAAGAGGAGAAACUACGGAGGAGUGUAUGUUGGUCUCCCAUCUGAAGCUGUCAACAUGGUAUCUAAUCCAACAAAGACAGUUAGAAAAAAGCUUGUUCAUCAAGAUUUAGAGACGCUGUAA